UGAGACAAUUUUCAAAUAGAUUUUCAAAUAACAUUGUAAGAAAUGCGCACAAAAAUGAUGAUGCAUCGAAAAAUACUUCAACUUGGUUAAUCAGAAAUGCAAGAGAAAUCAAGAAUGUUGAAGAAUUAAUGCGUAAAGAAAAACCGGCUGAAAGUUUCACGAUCCUCCCACGAAGCACACGAUCCGGCAUUAAGUCGUCAUAUUGGAUAGAUGAUUUAAUCAAUAAAACCAAACCGAAAUAUCCAAAGGAUUCCUCAGAAACACUUGUAAUUCCUAAACGAGAGAUAACAAUGAAGAAAGUGACAGAUUCUUAUGUUGAAGAGUUUUUACCUUUUAAAAGUGAUCCGGAUUUAUUAGAAGAUUAUAUUAGUUCCGAUGGCGCCAUUAGAGUAGGAAAGAUCUUUCCGGACCUUGAUUUAUUAGCAACGUUUAUAGCAUUUAAGCAUUGUGAGAAUGAACACGGGGACCCCUCACCUUUAACUAUUGUUACAGCUUCUGUUGAUAGGUUAGACUUAAUAAAGCCCAUACCUAUCGUUGAUAUUAGACUUUCUGGACACGUUACAUAUGUUGGGUAUAGUUCCAUGGAAGGUAAUCUAAAAGAGCUGGUUAUUGAUUAUAUAAUGAAUAUUAAAUUCAAUAUAGUUUUGAUUAAGAUGGAAUAUCUACAAGAAGGGGUUCUAAAAAACAUUCAACCGACACCAGAAGUUGAUCGAGAUGCACUUUCAAUGUGCAAGACAAUUUUGAAUGCUCGAUUUACUAUGGUAGCUCGAGAUCCUUUUACGGGCAAAGCAGCACAAGUUAACACAUUACAAUUGGAAAACGAGCAUCAAAGAAAGCUUUUCCAAUUGGGCGAAGAACAAAAGGCUCGUAGAAAUAAAGCAGUAGCCUUGUCUCUAAAGAAGCUGCCUCCAACGGAAGAAGAAAAGGAACUUAUUCAUAAGUUAUUUCUCGAACACCAUAAUGGUGCAGAGAAGCACGAUAACUUUGUGUGGAUGGAUGAGACCACCAUGGAGUCUGUGACGUUCAUGACACCACAGAACAGAAAUAUUCAUGGAAAUAUUUUUGGAGGAUAUCUUAUGAUAUUGGCUUAUGAGCUUGCAUUUUCGAAUGCAUGUGUGUUUCUUCGUAGUCAACCAACAUUCUUAGCAUUGGAUGAAAUUUCUUUUCGGAAACCAGUUCCAAUCGGAUCAAUAUUAAGCAUGAGUUCUCAAGUAGUUCAUGCAGAAGGGCCACCGCAUAAGAGUUUCCAAGUUGCAGUCACGGCCGACGUUAUAGAUAUUGAAAGUGGAAAGCGCGAAACCACAAACGUUUUUCAUUUUACUUUUAGAUCAAAUAAUGUAGAUAAUGUUCGUAGAGUGAUGCCAAAGACUUACAUUGAUUCAUUGAAAUGCGUUGAAGCUGGGGAGCGAAACUAA